UUCAGCAUAGCUGAGUCAACUUUGUGGCCUUUUUGGGCCAGUUAUAAUUCUAACAUUUUUCACUAUAUAUUUCUAAAACCAUGGCUUAUUUAACUCAGCCAGAUUAUGUUAAGUAUAUAUGCUCCUGUGGACAACUUAAACCUAUCACUAACUUAUAUUUCUGUCGGCAUUGCUUAAAAAUACGUUGCGGUUUUUGCAUCUGCCAUGAAGUGGACUCCCAUUAUUGCGCGAACUGUUUGGAGAACAUGCCAUCAUCGGAGGCGAGGUUGAAGAAGAAUCGCUGCAGUAGUUGCUUUGCCUGUCCCAGUUGUUUCCAUACACUGUCGACUCGAGCGACCCUCGCCCGGGACCCCGCGGGGGGUGAUGGCAAGCCUCCAAAGAAGAUGUACUAUUUAUCGUGUUUCAACUGUCGCUGGACCUCGCGGGAUGUUGGCAUACCAGAUCAGCCAGUGGCAUCUGGAGGAUGGCCGGAAAGAACGAAUCCGUUCACGAGUCGGUUCAACCAACUCCUCGAAUACUAUAAAGCGAUCGCGCAGCAAGAGAAGCAGGAGAAGUUAGACAAGGAGAGGAAAAAGUUUGUCACCAGAGGGAAAUACAUCAACCUCACGGACAAGACUGGUCUGACGGGCGCCAUGGCUAGGAACAUAGCCGGGCUACCCUCCAGCGAGAGUUCGUCGACGGUCAUUAGUAAUUUCGUGCCGAGCCAAGCCAGCGCGGACGUGGAGGAGCUGCCCGAGGACUACCACCUAAAGGAAAUCGACUUGAAACAGAUAACUCGUAUGUCUCAGCGCACGUCGUGUCCUGAGCUGCAGCCGUCGCUGGCGUCUCGGCUGUCUCCGAGGCCUCGUGCGUUGUGUGUGAAGCGCAGUCAGCGGUGCCGCGCCUGUGACCACAACCUCACCAAGCCCGAGUACAACCCUGGAUCCGUCAAGUUCAAGAUCGAGCUGCUAGCCUUCUACCACGUGCCGGAAGUGAAGAUAAUAUCGUACGAAACCAUCAAGCCGGGCGGAACAUCGGCCCUGCUGUUGAAGUUGUCCAACCCGACGGCACACGAGAUGACCAUCAGGAUGCUGCAGCCUGAAGACGUACCGGACACUGAGGAGGAACACAAGUCCAUCGAGAAGACACUCGAGAAGUCACUCAGCUUGGAAAAGGACGUAUCGUGGAACGCUUGUUUUCCCCGGCGACCCCCGCCGCCCCGCGCCGGGUCGGUCGGUCUGCCCGCCGUUAGCCUCACCCUCGCGCAGAGAGACGACGCCGCGGAGUACGACGACGAGCCGCCGGGAGAUAAUGAUGAUAUAAUUCUGUGGCGGAAGUCCAACAAGCUGGCUCUGAGGCUGAAGCUGACUACAGACCCUGAAGCCAGAGUUGGGACGGCCGCAUAUUUCUCAUUCGCUAUACAAUACUCGUACAGGAACACUGUGCCGCCCUCCGCCACCGUGGUGCAGCACAGCGACCACACGCUGUACACCACGGUCAUACUGGAUUUGGGGAAAGUCUGUGAAUAAAUUCAUCAAAUGUCGAACCUUGUUUUAGGGGACGUCAUCGUUACGAAUUAGGCGCGCCGCUUUUCUUCUAAUGCGGUGACAUUUUGUAUGACACAGACCAAUCUUAACGAGGUCUACAGCGCAACUUAGAAAAGACAACAUUUAUUUUCAGAAAGCAUGUAGAUACCUUAAAAUUACUGUCAAUUGAAUUUCAAAAUUAAAAUAGAUGUUUUUUUUUUCUAUCUGUGCUAUAAUUCUUUUGUUAAAAGUUAACUUCACAUCGUGAGUGAAUGUCCCCGAAGUUCAUCACUAAGCUAUAUAAUAUAUAAAAUUAAUUUAUUAAAUUAAAUAACAACUACGUUAAGAUCUCGAAUUAUUUUGUUUGUAACAUUAAAAUAUUUAACAAAUAAAAAGGUGAGUAUGUGGUACGAUAUUAAACACUAGGGAAAUACGAAUGCUGUAUACACAGGAGUGGCGUCCCCAUGGGCGCGGGGCUGCGGACAAUAUCAUGUUUGUAGCAGUGGAGCGACGCGCAUUAACAUUACAAUAAACUACCAUAUGAUACGCUGAAUGAUAACAUUUUGUAAAGUAUCUAGUACUAAUAUAUAUGCCUAAUGUAUGUACUUUUUUUCUAUAAAAAAUGAGAAAAUGCAAUCCAAGAAUGAAUUCCAUCAACCUUGGGCUGUACUCGCAGUGCCUCAGAGUAUCAACGGUAGAGGAAGUGUAAAUAAACUAUGCACACAAUAUGUGUGUGUGAUUGUGUUGAAUAGAAAAAAAAAGUAUUCUGAUUUAAAUCAUGUAUAGACUACGGCAUUCCUGCAUUAUAAUGUGGUGCAAAGUUUAUCUGAUGUGCUUAAAGCAAUUGUAUGUAAGAUUUUUAUGGCUUGAUAUCAUCAUGUAACAAAAUUUUGCACUUAACAGAAAGUGUACUCGGCUACAACUGUUUAAUAAAUUAUAAACAAUA